AUGAAGACCUCUGUUCCCCUUCUCACAAUUCUUUCCGCCUCCUUUGUGGCAGCGGUCCCAGCACCUUUCGCAGGCAAUGGACAAGCAAUCGCUGCUCGCACCCAGGACACGGCCAUUGCCAACCUGCACUUGGGCCGUCGCGAAGCAGAGGUUGUGCACAAGUUUGGCGAAAAGGCCCUGAAGCUCCGCGGUGUGCUCUUGGCAGCACGUGGUAGUAUGGCUAAGGAUAAUGCUAAUGCAGAAGAUGCUGCUGCUGCAGAUGGUAACGCUAAAGACCAGGCAGCCCAGGAUGCUGCUGAUGCUGCUGCUGCUGCUGCGGAAGAGGAACAAGCCCAGGGAAAUGGCAAGGAAAAUGGCAAGAAUAACGCCAAAGAUCAAGCCGCCCAGGAAGACGCUGCAGCCCAAGAUAAACAAGUAGCAGAGGAUGCUCAGGCACAGCAAGAUGCCGCUGCUGCCGAGCAGAAGGCAGCAGAGGAGCAAGCUGCAGCCGAUCACAAAGCUGUAGCAGAGCAAAAGGCUGCAGAGGAGCAGGCAGCGGCUGAUCACAAGGCAGCGGCCGACCAAAAGGCUGCAGCCGAGCAAGCUGCUGCUGACCAAAAGGCAGCUGCUGAUCAUGCCGUAGCAGCGCAACCAAACAAUGCCACUAUGGGAGCCGAUCAUCAAGCUGCUGCUGACCAAGCUGCUGCUGACCAGAAAGCUGCUGCUGAACAGGCUGCUGCCGACCAAGCUGCUGCCGACCACAAGGCUGCCGCCGACCAAGCUGCUGCCGACCAAGCUGCUGCUGAUCACAAGGCUGCUGCUGACCAGCAGGCUGCCGCCGAUCAAGCUGCCGCCGACCAGGGAGCCGCUCAAAAGGAGAAGCAGAAUGGUGCUGCUGCCGACCAAGCCGCCGCCGACCAAGCUGCUGCCGACCAAGCUGCUGCUGAACAGCAGAACAGCUGCAACAUCGCGCCUGACCAGGCUGCCCAAGAUGCUGCUAACCAGCAAGCGGAGUUGGCCAAGGGCAUGCAAGACGCUGCUGCCGGUGGAGCUGCUCAAGCAGGAAAUGCUACAGCUGGCGUUGGCGGUAACAACGGCAAGGGAAAAGGCAAGGGUAAGGGUCAUGGUAAGGGCCAAGGCAAGGGAAAUGGCAAGAACAAUGGCAAGGGCAAUGGUGCCAACGCUGACGCUGGAGCUGGAGCCGGUGUAGGAGCCGGUGCUGCUGCUGAUGCACAAGCUGGAGCUGGAGCCGAUGCUGCUAUGGGUGCCGACGCUCAAGCUGGAAAGGGCAAGGGUAAAGGAAAGGGAGCUGCCGCUGACCAAGCUGCUGCCGAUCAAGCUGCUGCCGACCAAGCUGCUGCUGACGCUGGAGCUGCUGCCGACGCUCAAGCUGGAAAGGGCAAGGGUAAAGGAAAGGGAGCUGCCGCCAACCAAGCUGCCGCCGACCAAGCUGCUGCUGAUCAAGCUGCUGCCGACGCUGGAGCUGGAGCUGCCGCCGACGCUGAGGCUGCUGCUGGAGCCCAACAGCACAAGGCUUCAGGCAUGAGGCGCAACGCGAGGAGGACCAUUGCCUUCCGUGCCUAA